ACGACAGAAAUAUUAAAUGAACAUCAAAUAUCUGCAGAUGAUAUACAUGAUUUAACACCUCCAGCUGCAUUUUCUACUCCAAUCAUUUUUAAAUUACCAGAGCAUAGAAACGAUUUAAUUAAUUUCUCUUGUAGUGAAGUAGAAGCUUUUAAUCUUCAAACUAGUCAUGAUGAUGAACGUACUAAAAUGACUACUGAAUGUAAAAAAGUACCCUUAGUUGGUCGAAGGAUAGUAGACAUUUUUCACAUAUUUGAACAAAUUAGAACGUUUCGACAUGAAAGUGGUUUCGAUUGUACAUUCAGUGAUAUGGAAUAUGUUUCAGAAAAAUUGAACGGCUAUUUUUCUACAUUUGAAUUCAAGUGUAAGAUGUGUUGUAUUAAAAUGCGUAUUUCGUCAGAAAAUAUAAAAGCUGACUAUUUGACUAUAAAUAAAGCGGUUUUAAAUGGCACUGUUGCAAUCGGCAUUGGACAAAGACAAUUGACAGAAUUUUCAGCUGCAUUAGAAAUGCCUUCUAUGGCUAAUACGACGUAUUCAAGAGUUCACAAAUCGAUGCAUUCUAGUAUCCACGACAGUGCUCGGACAGAAAUGUUAAAAGCUGGCGAGGAAGAGAGGAGGUUAGCAAUUGAAGAUGGAGACGUCGAUGAAGAUGGAAAUGCUCUAUGUACUGUGGUAGCAGAUGGCCAAUGGGGUAAAAGGAGCUACAAGUCGAAAUACGACGCACUAUCUGGAGUGGCAACUAUUAUAGGAUAUAGGACAAAAAAAGUACUAUUCGUCGGGAUUAGAAAUCGAUAUUGUGUCGUAUGUCAUCGCGCAGCUUUAAAACAAAUUGAAAAGCCUAAACAUAGCUGUUUUAAAAACUGGAAUAAAUCGGCUACUAGUAUUGAAGCUGAUGGUGUAGUAGAAGGAUUUCAAAAAAGUAUUGAAAUGCACAAUUUGAAGUACAACAAAUUAAUCGGCGAUGGAGACAGUAGUGUCACUAAACGUCUCAACGAAGUUUUACCGUAUGGUCCUAAUUUUUUAAUACAGAAAAUCGAAUGUAGAAACCAUUUAUUAAGAAAUUAUUGCCAAAAACUUACUGCUGCUGCAAAAAAAUGUAUAUAUCCUAUAAAUGUACGUAGAUUUAUUUUAUCAAAUAUCAUGAGGUUUAGGACUGGUAUUGUAACAGCUAUUAAGUAUAGAAAAAAGGAGAAUAAGCCUACAACGCAACAAGCUUCAGAUUUGGCAAAUGAUAUAAUGAACAGUCCGUAUCACAUAUUAGGAGAACAUAACAAGUGUGACAAAUAUUUUUGUAAAGAAUCUAAAACUGGUGAUCAAAAUUUAGUUUCCAUCGCUGAAAACUGUGGUUUAAUGAGGGAAAUUAAUAUGGCUAAUCGGCGUUUAUUCAACAAUGCUCAGAGUCUCUUAAAAAAUGUUGACAAUAAUAUAUGUGAGCAAUUUAAUAGCAUGAUUAACAAAUACAUUGGUGGCAAAAGAACAAAUUUGUCUCAAAAACACACAUAUAAUACGAGAGUAGAGGCAGCUGUGAUUGCAUUUAAUUCACAAUCGUAUUUACGCACAAUUCAUAAAUCUAUAACCAAUGCAAGUCCAGGAACAUUUGGAAAACGGUUUUUAUCAGACGCUAAAAGAAUAAGAAUUAAUAACUGUAGACGAAGAAUUUUAUUUCCUAAAAAUAAAAUACACUUAAAAGUUAAUGGGCCUGACGAGGAUUAUGGUUUGUCUGAACCAUUGAUAGAAGAUAUUUCAGAAGAAGAUAUAAAACAAAAAAAAAUUGCGUUCAUUAAGAGCCUUUCUGAAAUGGAUCGAAGUUAUUUGGAAAAAGAAACUAGAAAUCAAGCUGACUCUCAACUUUGGCAUGUCGAAAGACGAAACCGAAUAACUGCAUCAAACUUCGGCAAAAUAUGUAAAAUGAGACCACAUACGUCUUGUAAAAAUACCGUUUAUGGUUUACUGUAUGGUAACAACAUACAAGCAAAGGCGUUGGAUUAUGGAAAAAGUAUGGAGCCAUAUGCUAGAAAUGAAUUUGAAACUAAAUUUGGGUUAAAAGUUUCUCCAGCUGGUCUAUGUGUGGAUUCUGAAAUACCAUAUUUAGCAGCAAGCCCAGAUGGUUUUGUUGAUUAUGAUUCAUUGAUUGAAAUUAAAUGCCCAUACUCAGCAAAAGACUGUGAUACCAUAAUUCACGCGAUAAAGGAAGGAAAAAUUAAGUAUUGCAGUAUAAAAAAUAUAAACGAUGAAAACAUAACUGAACUAAAAAAAACAUGUGAUUAUUAUUAUCAGAUUCAAGGGCAGUUGCAUAUAACCAGAAGAAACCUAUGUUAUUUUAUAAUAUAUUCUGAAAAAUGGAUUUCAGUUGAAAAAAUCAUUUACGAUGAACACUUUUGGUCCGAAAAAAUGUUAGAUUAUUUAAAAACAUUCUAUAUGGAAUGUUUAUUGCCAGAACUUAUAAAUCCUCAAUAUUGUAAGCGGAUAUUGAUAAAUGAUAUUAAAGAACCCGAUCAUAUAAAAAAGCAACAAAACAAAAAAAUAAAAUAA